UAAAGUUGCGAAUAGUGAGAUUCGUAUUGUUCAGAUAACCGGAAGUAAAACUUUCAACUUCCUUUUCCCCAGACCUCUCAGACGGUGUGGUGCAACUUGCUUUUGGUCGUGUCCAGCUGGGCUCAUCCAACACCAUAUCCGUCAUCUAGAUUUCGAAAAAAGUAACAAGAUAAAACAAAGAUGGGUCCGAAAUUUGAUCCAACCGCUAUUAUGAUCGUGUAUGUGAAGGCUGUAGGUGGUGAAGUUCCAGCUACGUCUUCUUUGGCCCCCAAGAUCGGUCCUUUGGGUCUGUCCCCCAAAAAAGUUGGUGAUGACAUUGCCAAGAGUACAACAGACUGGAAGGGACUGAAGAUCACAGUAAAACUGGUGGUGCAGAACCGUCAGGCCAAGGUGGAGGUGGUGCCUAGUGCUUCCUCUCUAGUCAUCAAAUGUCUGAAGGAGCCACCCAGAGACAGGAAGAAGGUUAAGCACGUAAAGCACAGUGGAAAUCUGAGCAUGGAUGAUAUAAUAAAUAUUGCCCGUCAAAUGCGUCCUAGGAGUAUGGCAAAAAAUUUUGCUGGUACCUGUAAAGAAAUCUUAGGUACUGCCCAGUCAGUCGGAUGCUCUGUGGAGAGGUCCCCACCACAUGACAUCAUUGACAAAAUCAACGCAGGAGAGAUGGAAGUUCCAGAUGUGAGCACCCAUGUUUUUAUUUUGAAAGAAAAAAUGUACAAGAAAUCUAUUUUUCUCUGAAAUCCCUAAUUGUUAAUUAUAAAUGGAUAAAAAUUAGAAGCAGAAAAAUUAGAUUCAUCACAGGAAAUGUGGCUGACAAUUUAGAAAAAAAGUAAUUGUGUUUUAGAAAAACAUGCAUUUUCCAUGGCCUCUUAUGAUUUAAUUUUUUACUUUUUUGCAGGAGUAGACUGACUGCUGUACAAUGAAAAUUAAAAAAAAAAAGAAAACCAGUGAAAAA